AUGCCUAGACAACAAUCAGUUGCAGAGGAAUAUGUUUUACUACCUCCGCCAACUGGUGGGAUACAAAGGCCUCAACCAUUUGGGGCAAAGCCACCUCCCCCUAAAGAACCACCACCUCCUGACACAGGACUUGGGGAAUUAGAGGACAUUUUUUCAGGGGGUAGUAGUAUGCUUCCACCUCUACCUGAAAUUAAUACUACACUAAAUCCUUUUGGAGCUACACAGGCACCUCCACCUCCCACCUAUCCUCCUUCCCAACCCUCUUAUCCACUUGGACCAUCAAUGACUCCUCAAGAACCAUCCAUUACAAUGGAUCUAAUGGAUGCAGUCAGAAAUCCUCCACCUGGUACCACUUCAUAUCCUCAAGGAAUGGGAAUGGGACCAUUUGGCGGUCCACAAUAUCCAGGUCAACAAUUUCCAGGCACUUCUUUUGGAGGUGGUCCAUAUGUAGGCACUGGUCCUUUUGCUACUGGGUCUGGAGGUGGUCUAUAUGGUAACAUACCUGGAGUUCCUGCACCUAAUGAUAUCUUUAGCAUGCCAGCUGACCCUCUCUUGGACACUACCUUUUCUCAACCUCUUCUUCCCACUAACACCCAGAAAACAGACACAGCCAGUGGAGGUCCCAAGGGACAAGGAGGAUCCGGAGGUGAUGCAUUCUCUGAUCUUGUUAGUAUGGCACGAAACAAAGCUUCAGCAACAACAGCUGCUAGCACUAAGUCAGUAGAGUUUCUUCCAGUUCGAUCAUCUCCACCUCCUCUUCCUUAUCGUCCACCUAAUUUGGGCCAAGAGUCCACAGACAGAGGCAGACUCAAACCAGAAAUGUUGUCUCCUUUUGAAGAAAACUUUUCUACUGGCAAACAGACACCACCUUUGCCUUUACAUCAAUCAUUAUCAGAUCCAUUUGGGGAUAACUUUACAUUUAGUCAAGCUCCACCCCCAGAAAGUUUUCCUCAAUCUUCCGGAGGUGGUGGUUGGGUUUCCUUUUAA